ACCUAUCUGAACCAGUUCAAACUCAAACCUACACGAUUCAGCCCUUCUCAUCCUCCCCAAAUAUUCUUUUGCACCCAUUCUGAAAAUAUCAAAAGAGACCAUUUGAGUUUAUCAGCAAAAAGGUAUUUUAUGGAAACAAAAUGACACCAAUUCCCAGCUGGUGGAUGUUAUUGCUGGCAAUAGCUUUGUUUAUAGGCGGCAUAACAGCCUCCUCUUCCAAUAAUAAUUGGAAUACUCUAUAUGCCUAUGUCGAUGGCAGAAUCUAUAUCCAUUUGAAGAAUAAUGACUUGCUAGCAUUGAAUUUCUCUAUAGCAGGCUUUAGUGGAAGUAGCAAUGGACUAUCUGUAACAGAUAUUGACUUGACAAACAACCAACAAGUAGAGACUUUGCCUUCUCCUCCGGAGAAUGCCACCUUAUUCUUGUUCAACGAAGAGUUGUACGGGCUCAUCGGAGUCAAGACCAACUCAAAAUUGGAUGUAUGUGGAGAAGGAAUAAUACAGCUUCUCAAGUUUGACUCAACCCAGAAAAUGUGGAGCCAAGUACACGCCAACUUGAACUUCAACAACAUCAAUGAUGCUUCGUACUAUCAACAUGCUACGGUUUUAACCACACCUACUGACACUGACACAGUCUAUCUCUAUGGAGGUAUCUGUGAUUCUCAACACGGAAUUGUUUCCAACAGAUUGCUAUCUUUCAACAUGUCGAGCUAUGAAUUUGUCAACAUCACCACUUCUACCAAACCUGAGGCUUUCUACGGUGCUGGAAAUUUGUUGGCACCAAACCCGCAGACCCAGCUUGUCAUUGGUGGACAAAGUAACCAAGGUUGGCUCAACAUGUACCAAUUAGCUACGUGGGACUUUUCAUCUGGCUGGUCUUUCAAGCAGAUCAAUAAGGAUGGAAACGACCCUACAAUGAACUCAAGAACAUUCCCUUUGAUCUUGCCUAUCUUUUCUCAGCUUUCCAACAAUACCAUUGAGGCCGUCUCCAACUUCCUUAGCAUUCAAGAAGUGCUACUUAUUGGUGGAGAUUUAUUGGGUGAAGAGUCUACCCCUCAGUACGCCAAGUUGUCUACCAGCUCCAACGACUGGAGCUGGAACACUACAUUCAAUGUAACUUGGGAUUACUCCGAGAUCUUGGGUGCUGCUACUAUCUUCAACACUUUGGUUAUUAUCAAUUCUACAUCUGAGGGCAACAGUAAGAGAGAUGGCUCGGGAAGCAGCUACAGCGUCAGUCUCUAUGAUACCAACACGUUUGCGUCUGUCACCAGCGUCAAAAGUAACACGACGCAACAGGCUGCAUCCAGCUUCAAGCACUCAGUGCUGAAGAAAGCUAUUCUUGGAACAGUGAUUCCUUUGGUGGUUAUUGCAAUUGUGGUUGCAGCAGUUAUUUUCUACACAAGAAGAAGAAAGAGACAACAACAGCAAGAUGAAUUGAACGCUCUUGAUUACCAGAUUGGAAACUACUUUGACCGCGAAUCCAUGGUGUCCAACAAAAACUCAACCAGACACAAUCUUUUGCCUACCGACUAUACUUCCAGCAAGGUGAUGGACUUGAACAACGACUCCAGUUCUACUCUUGAAGACCAAGCUUCCUUCGAUUCAUGGAUUAGAAAGAGACAGGAGUUUGACCAGACACGCUUGAAAACAAGAAACAGCUAUAUGGCUUCCAAUGAAACGUUGUUCAAUAACAAUAUGAACAGAAGUUCUACUUCAGAGGAGGAUUAUCAUGCAACAGAUACACAUCAUGGUGCUACUAUUACAAACAGUAAUGGUAGUAUAAAUUCAUACACUCUCAUGAACCGUUCCGUUUCGCGACUCAAGAAGUCUUUCUCGUUCAACAGUGCUCCAGGCAGCCCCACCAGCGGCGAGUACGGGUUGUUGAAGAAGAAGAGAAGCACCGGGUUAUUGAGAAAAAGCUCAGAGCAGUCGUUUGUUAGUGAAAACUCGCCAGAAAUGGCAGUGAAGGAGCGGUCGGAUAUGAUUGCAGAGGAAACUGACCACGAAUCUAUAGACGAUCAAGAUAUGGAUGUUCAAGUGUUGGUGAGUUCCAAGAGACGGUCGGUUCUCAAAGUCAUGAACCCGGAUAUGGGGGAAACUUCUUUGGAUCAAACGCCCGAAGAUAACGAAGACGACAAUACUGAAAUAGAUCUAAGCUCCAGAUAUGACGAGACGGUGGAGAUCCGACAAAGAGUUCCGUCCGGGGGUAAAACCGAGGACGACUAAUGGUAGAAAUGUUACUGUACUAUAGGUAGAAAUAGAUAUGUAUUAUAACAAAGGAUUACAAUAUGAAA